AUGUUAAGAAGCUUUUGGACAUGCUCGAUAUUCUGUUUUUGGAGUGUUGUGGCUUCAUAUGAUCCAUGUACACCAAAAAGCUCGCGGACUAUCAUUUUCCUUUUCGAUCCAACAGUACCUGCAAAUGAUCAAGAAAUUCUUGCCGCUAAUGAUUCACUUGAUCCACUUCGGAAUGCAAUCAUUCAAACGGCAAAUCUUUAUGAUGUUGCCGGAAAAAAAGCAUAUAUGGGAUUGGGAGAAAUGAGAACAGAAAAAUAUUUAUCAUUUGUUGAUCCAUCACAAAUAUCAUCAAUUCUUGAUUCAUGGAAGGAAACAACCAGUCCAUGGAAAAUCGGAAUCGACGAUAUGGUUGAAGAGCUCAAAAAUUUCGGCUAUAGUAUUAUGGUUGUCGGCUUUGAGACUGAUGUUUCACAGUUGAGCCUAUGGGGAAACACGACAACAGUGAAAACAGCAGAGGAAUUUGUUAAAUUGGCAAUCAAAUUCAAUGAAGGAUAUGAUUGUCCCGGAACAACGACAAUAGCUCAAACAAUAAGCACCACUGUUGAGAGACGUGAGACAACGACUGAUUUCAUUUCAACCACUCCCAAAUAUCAAUUCUGUACACAGAAUUCUCGACUUGAUAUAA